CAUCCAAUCCAAACAAAACAAAACAAUAAUAAACCAACAACAAACCGGACCGGAGAUAGGUUAGGUUUUAAAAACUAAUUGUCUUAGUUUAUAUCCAGGAUUUAAAACAUCAAUCUCUUUGAGAAAUGGCUGAAGAUGGUGAUCAGGUUACACAAAUUAGUGUGAAGGAACCUCUUGAUCUCAUUCGUCUCAGUUUGGAUGAGAGGAUUUAUGUAAAGAUGAGAAAUGACCGAGAGCUCAGAGGUAGACUUCAUGCAUAUGACCAACAUUUAAACAUGGUUUUGGGCGAGGUUGAAGAAACUGUGACAACGGUUGAGAUUGAUGAAGAAACGUAUGAAGAGAUCUACAAAACAACAAAACGAAACAUUCCAAUGCUGUUUGUACGAGGUGAUGGUGUGAUUUUGGUUUCUCCACCGAUCAGAGCUGGUGCCUAAGUCCUUUAACUAUGCUAACAAUGAAUUUGUGUUUUAUAAUGUAUUAAAUAAACUGUAUAUGUUUCCUUG